CCCAGCAGGGAUCCCUGUGGCUCUCCCAUCCCGUGUUUGGACACAAGGAAAGCCAGCAUCCUGCUCAUCCGUAAGAUCUUCGUGCUGAUGCAGAACCUGAGCCCGCUGCCCAGCGACGUCUGCCUCACCAUGAAGCUGCUCUACUACGACGAGGUGACACCCCCCGAUUACCAACCCCCGGGCUUCAGGGAGGCCAAGUGCGAGGGGCUGAUGUUCAACGAGGAGCCCACCCACCUCAACGUGGGGGAGGUGCCCACCCCCUUCCACCUGCUCAAAGUCAAGAUCACCACCGAGAAACAGCGCAUGGAACUCGUGGGCAGAGACCUCCUGGAGCAGGGGAAGAGGGAGGAGUCCCUCCAGCCGGGAGGAGGGAUCCAGGACACCAGUGAGGAUCCUGCCCUGGAUACCAAAGUGGGGGAUGAGAACCAUGAGGAUGUUUCAGAAGCUCAAG